GAGCGGGGCCGACUCUGACAGUGGUUCGGCCGACUGAUGACAGUCGAGUCGUUAGUCCUCGGUGCGCCAGCGUGCUGUGUAGAACGCACGUCGCACGCGCGUUACGUGCGGAGCAGCACGCGUGGACGAUCAACUGUCAAACUAAUGCAACUGUGUGUCAUCGCAACGAGAAUCCGGUGAAUCUCCGCCUAGUAUAUUUGUUCCGGGAUCAAGUGACUCGUGAUUGCGUGAUCUUCGGUAAACCUCUCUAUACAAGAUGCAUAUUGUCUUCAGCGUUACGAAUUUGGCAUCGAGCGAUUUUUAUCGAGCGGAUAUCCGACGCAUGAUGAGUGAUUCAUAGGAAAAAAGUGUCGCGCGAGAGAAUAAUUUCGUUUUCGUUAUCGAGGAGAGUGACAUAUAAGCGCGAUGACGGAGCUCGCCAAGGAGGCGUUCACCUCCCGCAAUUACCAUCUGGCGGUCGAAUUGUACGAGCGUUGCCUCAAGCAACAAGGAUCAAGCUACGAAGAAUUACUUGGCUACGGUGACUCCCUGGCCAAGUGCGGUCGCGUCAGGGAGUCUAUCGGCAUCUAUUCCAGGUGUUUAAACGCGACGACGAUGUCGGCCGAGAGACUGAAGCACCUGGCGACCGCGCUCCUGGAGGACAUGGCUGGCGCCGGAACGACCUCCAGACGGAAACUCGAGACAUCCUUCGCGUGUCCCAUGUGCGAGGGAACUCUCUGCCAACCGGUGACCGCCGGCUGCGGUCACACGUAUUGCAGGAAUUGCGUGGAGCCGGCGAAGAACUGUCGCGUAUGCGGGAUCAAGAUCGCUACUGUGAGUGAAACGAAUGUGCUUGUGCAGAGACUCGUGGAGAGAUGGUGGCCGCGAGAAGUGGAGGCCAGUCGAGCUAGACACGAGGGUGAUAUUCUCAUGAGGAAAGGUCACUUGGGUCAAGCGCUCGAGAGAUACAACCUGGCGGUUCAUCUCGCACCGAAUAGCCCGCUUCACCGUAGCAACAGAGCUCAUGUCUUGCUCCUGUUGAAUAGGCCUUUAGCCGCUCUUACGGACGCUGAUCAUGCAGUUAGAUUGCGGCCAGACUGGGGCAAGGGACAUUAUAGAAGAGGGAUCGCUUUGUCGGCGCUUGGAAGGCACGAAGAAGCAAUCUAUGCUCUCUGCAUUAGUGUGGCUAUUGACAAAAAUCCGCAAACUGUACGCCAUGAAUUGACCAAGAUUCUGCACAGAGCGCUAUCGCCUGGAAUACGUCGGCAGAAUGUUCUGUCGUCACGCACGCCAUACAAUCUAACGAAGAGCACGUCACGCACGAGAAACCAUCAUCAGUUAAUGAAUCCCAAAGGCAGGCAAUGCACUACUCUGAACAGGUCUGAUUGCGAGGAUAAUAGCAGUGGUGAAGAGGAAUUCACUCAGACGAUAAAUAGAAGACUUCGUUCCUCCAUUACACCACUGGUCAAUACAAAAUUGCAAGCAAGUCUGAACCGUGUAUAUCAGGAUGUAGAAAAAGUGAAACGAGUCGAACCGAGACCCGCUGAAAUUCUCUUGCCGCCUCUUUCCGGCAGCACCGCUGGGGAAUUGGAUUGUAUCUUAUGUUGCCGUCUGCUCUGGAAACCUGUCACGACACCGUGUGGUCACACCUAUUGCUGGAUGUGCUUGGACCGCUGCCUAGAUUACUCUUCGGCUUGCCCUUUAUGUGUCACAUCUUUGGCUGACUAUCUAGCCAGUAGCCAGAAAACCGUAACGGAUUUUGUAGAGAAAGCGCUUAAAACAGUGGCGCCCGCGGAAUAUACCUCCAGAGCAGUGAGUCAUCGGCUCGAACUGGUCCAGGGACUGGGUCUUUUGGGUAACGAGCAGAUCGCCGUCUUCAUCUGCACGACCGCCUUCCCCUGCGUCGCCUGUCCCCUCUUCGUUUACGAGCCUAGAUACAGGCUGAUGGUCAGGAGAUGCGUUGAGAGCGGAGUGCGCCAGUUUGGAAUCGCCGCGUGUCUCAACAAAGAAGCAACGGGAACGAAAAGAUAUGCGGAAUAUGGUACUAUCCUAGAUAUUCGAGAUCGGGUAUUGCUCAAAGACGGCUGCAGUAUUCUCAGCACGAUCGGUGGUAGAAGAUUUAGGGUACUUUCCGGUGGAGAAAAGGAUGGUUACGAUACGGCACAGGUAGAAUUUCUCAGGGAUACCAUCGUACAGCAAGAUCAAUUAUUAAAUCUACUGGAACUUCACAAUAAGGUACGAGCGAAGGGCCAAAGAUGGUGGGAAACAGUGCCUACCUCUCAGAAAUCCGAGAUUCAACGAGUGUUCGGAUGCAUGCCGGAUACAGAGGAGGACUGGUCACGUCUACCGGACGGUCCGUCGUGGACAUGGUGGCUGUUUGCAAUUCUGCCGUUGGGACCGCAGCUACAAGUAGGCAUUCUGGGUACCACUAGCCUGGAAAAACGAUUGCGAGCCAUCGAGAAAACUCUCGAUCAUAUGGAGCAAAGGCAACCAACUGUCGCGGCCGCACAAUCCGAGCAGACGACAACAUCAUCGAGUAUUUGUAGGGAUGGAAGGACGAUCACGGAGACAGCAAUAUCGGUCGUUCAGCAGUCGUAGAGAGCAACGAAGCAACUCGAUAUCUUGGAAGCAACCAAUGUCAUUCUGUGGUCUGGAGAUAGAACGGCGAACUUCGUAUCCCGCGUUCUGCGAAAAAACUUCCAAUAGCAAAAGUUUAAUCGGACAAAUUGUUUUAAAAACAUUCUGUAAGAUUCCAUUAAAUAAUUCGUCAAUUAUUCGCCGGACAAGCUUUGAUAUAAUUUGGUAGAAAAAAUUAUUAAGAUGCGUUAUCUCCAACUUUUCCACAGACUGUGAAUCUUGAAAAUUGCAUUUACUAAGCUCAUAUUUCUGAUCUUAUUGCGCAUUCUUGUGCAAGACAUGAUAUUUCUCUAAGUCCAUGUCACAGGAAGACAUUUCUGUCACACAUUUACGCUCUAAACUGUUAAUUUAAUCGGUUAAAUCUUUUUUACAUCGAUCUCUCAUCCGCUAUCGUCCCCGCGACGCGAGUCUUUGAUUGACCCUUUGAUUCUACUCGACGUACAAAAUAUCUGUAGAACGCAUAAACACUUGGAAUUUCCCGUUAGAAAAUUGGGUCAAUCGAUCAGCAAAUGCACCUGUCCCUCGAUUCCGUUUGGCGGGGAGUUUGGAGCGGCUCCUUGUCUCUCUUCUUAGAUUUAACGAGAAAACGUUUGGAAGUAUAUAUAUAUGUGUAUAUAUAUAUAUAUAUAUAUAUAUAUAUAUAUAUGUGUGUGUGUGUGUGUGUGUGUGUGUGUGUGUGUGUGUGUGUCUAUACAAUAUUCCAAAGUUUUGCUUGAAACAUAUUUUAAUAUAUCUUACAAUUUCCAUAUUCGUUCAAGAACAGAUUUUAUCGAAUCUGCUCUGAGAAAUUAUUUUAAUUUUUGAAGAUACGAAAAACAAUAAAAAUAUCUUUUUAUUUUAUAGGCUAUUUCAUAACAUAUUUAAAAGUCAUUAAAAUCGGGGACUCUCCAAAUGUUUCCUCAUAAGUUAAGUUCUAAUCCGAGCAUCUUGCACUUCGUGCUCGGAAAAUCUUCUAUAGGGCGCCUUAUCGAGAGGACGACGAAGAAAAAGUACUUCACAAAUAGUGAUGUACACAAUGAUAAUAAUAAUUAUUAUUAUAAUCUGGAACGUUAACUGGAAUAUAAGCAACAUUUAUUUUUAUGCAGUACAUUAUUUUUUUGGUAAACAUUUUAUGCAAUAAACUGUUACGUAAUAAUUUCCUACUGACGUUCCAGAAUUAAUUGUGAUAUGAAAGGACUGCGUUAUCUCAUAAUCUGGUAAAAAUUUUGAUCAAAAUAAUGGCAAAAAACAUAUCUGUAAGAACAAGACGUCGCGUUUCCUCAAUAAGGCGUACCGAUUAUCUUCGCGUUGUUGCAAUACGCAAAUCUGUUCUUCCAGAUAAUAUUAUAUACGACUACAUAUUAUAUACUUAUAUAUAUAUAUAUAUAUAUAUAUAUAUAUAUAUACACAUAUUUAUGUAUACACACAUAUUUAUGUAUACACAUUCGAAUGCAUAUACGUGACAAAAUCGGAAGUAAGCCACCCCGUUUUAAAUAUUUAAAUGCAUUAUAAUGCACAAGUAAAAUUUGUAUGUGUAAUAUAACGCAUAGUGAAUCGAAUAUUAAAGUUCAAUAUAAUAGUUUAACAAGGGUUUAAUAUUAUAUACAAAUAUGAAUUUAAUGAUUAUUAUACUAUUAGUCAUUUAAAGGCAAUCAAUUGCUUUAAUCAAAAUUUAUUAUAAGGUCAGUUUUCUUCAAACAAAUUUUGAUUUUUUAAUUCCUACAAUAUACACUAUAUAUAUUACAAUAUUUUAUUCUAUAUUUAUUAUGUAUAAGAUGUUUUGAUAUUAUUUCAUUGUAAUAAUUAAAUCUCAUCAAGUUAAAUUUUCUUUAUCUAUUUAUUUUUUUUAUUUUGAUAAUAUUCGAUACAUUAUACGCAUGUUAAGAGAGCUACUCACUUCCAUUUCACGUAGAUGCAUCGAAAUCUCGUGCACGAAAAUUCGUCGGUGAGGGAAUGCACUAAAUGAAAAAUAAUGCUGUCGGCAAAGUGUUUGCAUGUAUAAUAAGUAAAUGUACAUUUUUACUUUAUUUAUAUUAAUUGGAAUUGAAACUUUUCCAGUAUCCGAAUGUUGACAUAAGUUGUCUCUAUUUGUCUAUUCUGCAUAUAGACAAAUAUAUACAUGCCUUAGUAUACAUGCGUAUACAUAAUAUUGGUAUACAUGCAUAUAAUUUUAUUUUAUAAUUAUGAAAACAUUUUUCUUUUCUCAUAUUUCUUUUUCUCAUUUUAUUAAAAUAAUACUUAACUUCACAUUCGGUUUUUUUUAAUGAUACCUAAGAUAAAAAAAAAAAAAAUAAAGAAAGAAUUGUAUGCAAAUAUCUAUAAAAAAAUUGAACAUCAUCGAAAAAGAUAUCGCUAAAAUACAAGAAUAAAGAUUAGGAUUCUACAAUGUUAUUAAGCAAUUUUUACGAAAUAAUGCAUGUGUCAAAGUUAAAUUCAUUGGUGCAAUCGCUCUGCGAACGUUCCACGAGUCUGCCGGUACAAUCAUGCGCGAAAGCGCGAUUGUGAAGAGAGGUUUGAUAUCCCGAAUAAAAGUUUAUUCGGGAAAGCGCAAAUAUAUUCUCACAAUCAGUUGAGAAUGCGUGGGAUCCUUUUCGGCUCUCUGAUGUCAUUGCACGAUCGUAAAUCGCGGAAAUUUUUCGGAUUACGCUGACGAUCGCGCCGUGCAGAUUUUACACAAUGACGGAUGGUUCGCGUGUUCCACGGGGCCCAAGAUCCCGAAAUCUUUUUAUACCGUCUAGAUUUAUUCCGUCGUUCGUAAGAUUUUUUGAUUAUGCUAGCACAUAAUAAUUUAUUUUCACGCGGCUUUUCGUACCGUUGAGACACAGCGAUCGCCUGAGGAGCUAGAAACGUCAUAUCAAUCGCGCAUUUUGUGAAAAACAUAAGUAGCAUGAUUGUCGUUACUAUUGUCGCAACUAAUUAUUACUACUUUUAAAAAGGCUAGUUAAAAAAGAAAAUAUUUCAAUGAAAAUUGUCUUUCUUAGAUUUUUGGCAGUUCUUUCAUUUCUUGUUCUUCCAGGUAUAUUAAAUUUCAAUAAGUAAUUUAAAUUUUUUGUAUUUGUGGUGCUUUAAAAUAUUUUUACAAAUAUAUUAAGCACACAUAUUUGAUAACAGUUUACGUAAUAUGUAACUAUUAAAUUUUUUUACAAUGACGAGUAUCCUACUUCAUCGUUAGCUUCUUUUUAAACAAAUAAAAAUCAUCUGUACAUCUAUACAUUAUCUCCUUAAAAUUUUAUUUAAUAUUGUUUUUAAAUAUUACGCGUGAAUUAUUGCGUUAUUUUAAAUAGAAAACAAAUAUUAAAAAUCUAUAUUCCUUUUAAAUGUACAAUAAAUAAAAUAUUUUUAAAUCUCUUUAAAAGAUACAAAGUUUAUUUAUAAAUUUUUCUACUAUAUAUUUACCAAUUCAAUUAUAACAAUAUUUAACAAAAACAACUAAAAAUAUUAAUAAUAUUAAAAAUUUUGACGUAUAUUUGUACGUCACUGAUUUAACAUUAAAUGUGACUUUCCAUGUAUUGUAUAAUAUUUAAACCAAUAUCUUAAAUCUCAAAUAUGUUACAUUUAAUAUUAAACACAAAUUAUGAUUGAAAAUUCUUCCAUUAACAUAGAGCAAGCAUUGACGCAAUUAUAAAACAUUUUUUUUUUUUCAUGAUAAUAAUGGCGACAAUCGUUACGAAUCGAUGUAUCUCGAGUGGAUACUUGCGAAAGUAUAAAGUAUAAAAAAAUAUUAUAGAAAGUUUUAUAAUUGAUCAAUAUAACGCGUAAUAUAUAUGUAACACUCCGUUCGUCUCUGCGGCAGUCGAGAGAAGCACAUCCUCUAUUUAGAUUUGUAUUCUAUUCUCUAGACUUUUAUGAAAUUGUGAAUCAUGCAUUGUGAUAUUACUAUAUAGCCUAUCUUGUAUAUUGUUAUUGCUACGUUAAAACUAUUAUACGUAAUGCCACACGAAUUUCCAUUUUUACUUCGACAUUUCUAUAUAUUUAUCUUCAUCUCUUCAUAUGAAAAAUAUUGUAAUAAAAUAUACAAAACUAAAAAUUUAA